UAAUUACCCCACACAUCUUCAAUUCACAGUCAACGCAAGUGACAAACAAACUCAACCGACACAGAACCAAUCAUGGCCGCUGCUAGUCCACAGGUUAGGGCAAGACGUGGAAGGUCAACAACAACGGCACGCUCAUCUUCAAGGAGCCGUCUCCGACCCGCAGCCGAUGAGAAGGCCAAGGUGCGACGUAUUCGUAGCCGUCCAUGUGAGAUACAAGGAUUCAGAGAUUUUCGCCCAGUGUUGCUCGAGUCUUUGCAUUCGAAGGAUGCUUUCUUCAUUCCAUUGGAGUCGGUCACUGGCCUAGAUCGUGAACAGAUCUUCUACAUUGGCUUUGCAAUCAUGAUCCUCUACUUGAUCCUUGGAAACUUUGCUGGCAUUCUCUGCAAUAUGAUUGGGUUCGCCUAUCCGGCAUAUCAAUCGGUGCUUGCUAUUCAUUCGACCGGGAAAGAUGACGACACGCAAUGGCUUGUUUAUUGGACAACGUUCGCCUUCUUCUCUGUUCCUGAUCAGUUUGCCUGGCAGAUCUACUUUUACUUUCCUCUCUACUGGGCCAUGAAAGCUGUAUUUCUCCUCUACUUGGCAUUGCCACAAACAUAUGGAGCCCAUAAUUUGUACGCCAAAUAUGUGGACCCGACAUUCGAAGCUGUCAGUAAAUCGUCGCUGAUGAGGCAAGAAAACUUGUAA